CUGUACAAUAUGGUGUAGCAUAGUUUCACACAACAAAUCAUUCAACAUUGGUAAUCCAUUUCCUUCCUUGUAGAUGCUAAUUCUUACCCAGUCAAUGUCAACGAGCAACAAGCUUUCUCUCGCAAUCAUUCCGGCUUUAAUCAGUCGAUUACGCUCUUUAGACUAGCUCGGACGUAUAAUCUUCGAUGAGCAUUUCUACAAACGUGAACCUCUGUGGUCCUCCUUAUCGCGUAGAAUUCGGUGUAAUUGAAAGAUCACGAACUAGGGUUAUUAUUAAGUUCACAUGUGAGUGAUACAUUGUUAUGAUAUUUGAAAAUAACAAACUUUGAUUCCGCGGACAUUAGUGCUACUAUUAGUUAUCAACUAGUUUAACAAAAGGUAUCACAAUGCGUCGGACUGAUAACGCCGAAACCAAGCGUCCAGAGAAACACGCAAUUCUUCGACUGGUACUGUGGAGCGUUUGGCUGACUUCUGGAUUGUUCGUGCUCAUACUACUAGCUGCAAUAGUUGCAACGCUGAUGGAAAAGCCUUCAGAUUCUGUAUCAGAUAUCCAACAAAGGACUGGAUUUGACACUUCCACUCCUCAUAGAGAAGUCUCGCAACGAGAAAAAGACAUUAUGAAUGAUGAAGUGAAAGACAUUAUAAAACAGAUUCACAACCGAAAAGGAUAUUCAAAUCCUACACGCACUUUAGCAGAGGAAGAGGAUGAUGAGCCCGAAAAAGUCACAAGAAAACCACGGACUAGGCGUCCCUUGAAGCUGAUCGGCAAGGAUUUCGAUCCUAACAAAUCUUUUAUAAUCAAGCAUCCUAAUGGAACUCUUACUUAUGUGUUUCCUAGAGAUACUAGCUCAAAUACCAUCAUGUCUACUACUCCAUCAACCAUUGAACCUCCUGUCGUCACUGAACCUUUUGCUCAAGCUAGAAGCCUGUAUCCAGAUGACUUAAUCAAUGAGAUAAUGACCCUCAACAAUGCAACCUUCCAAGGUGUGUUUGGAGACGAUGUUGUAAUUCCGGAUGGAGAUGCCCUCAAUUCAAGAUCUGAUACCGCUAAUGCACCGUUUCUUUGUGAAAGCGAGCAACUCUUGAUCCACCCAAAAGAGGAGCUAUCCCGGAACAAUUCAAUGGUGUGGAUUGUUAACACGAAAGAUUACAAACAAGGCGUUCGAAUCGAAAAGUGUCUGAAAAGACAAUUAGGCAAGCCGUGUAAUUUCUGUGAUGCCGAUACUGAGUGUAAGCAAUUAUUCCACUAUAGAACACUGGUAGCAGUGGACAAAGUAACGAAAAAACCAUACAAGGAACAAGUUUUGUUGCCAAGCUGUUGUAAAUGUGCUAAAAUUUUAUCGUAAUUGAGGAUUUUUUUCAAUUUUACAUAUAGAAACAGAUUGCCACCUCUCUUAGCUCCCAAAAGUACUUAUUUACUGGCAACAAUAUAAAUUUACGAAAAAAUUCCAAGCUUUUGGUUACAUUUUAUGUAAAAACUCAUCUGAAAAUCAACAAAAUCCUUGAGCUGCAAAUCAAUAAACUAAAAAUCAUCCAUUCAGCAAUACAACAAUAAAAACAACAACUUACUUGGAAAGGCUGUUCAAAUAGAAUGGUCUAGUGUACAUUUUAAAUAAAACUUAUUGUUUACAGUGAGAAAAUAUAUGUUUCAAGACUGUAUGAAAAGUUAAAUAACAACUGAAUUCAACUACCGGUGAAGCAAAACUUGUUAAUACAGGUUAAUAACUAGACAAAUAUUUAUUUUUAAUUCUAAAUAUAACAAACAUCUAACAUA